GCUUCCCCCGUUGGCGUUUGUGCAGCCGUCAGCUUUCUCUCUUCCCACCUUUCUUCCCUUCGUCGUUCCGCUGCGGGUCGUGCUGCCGGCAGGGCAGCUCGGGCUCCCCCCGCCUCGGGCUAUCGGUGGCUGUGUUCCCCUCUCACAGUGCGGAGCUCUCUGAAGAUGUCUGGCUCAUAUUGCUUCAAACUGUCUGGACAUUUGCUGUUUAACUGCUGAAGCUUUUCUACCAUCUAUUUUUCUCCUGAAGCCUUAAUCCAUUAAGGGAUCAUAAUUGGCUGCUAUGGAGUCCAGACCAACUACAACAUGAGAAGACGUAUUCAAGAUGAUCAACCCAGAAGAUUUUUUCACUUCAUAGAAUCUUAUUUUUGUUUAUAAUGUAAUAUAAUUUGACAGAGCCAGGUUCAAUUAUUUAUCUUGAAAUUAAGACACGCCUGUGACCUUCAUCAGAAAUGUUUCUAGCAUUUUCAAGGAAAAAUAUGUCCCAGAAACUGAGCAUGUUUUUACUAGUUUUUGGCAUCAUCUGGGGUUUGAUGUUGCUACGCUACACUUUUCAGUAUCCAAGACGCCAAAGCAGUGCUGAGUUGCGUGGACAGAUAUUAGAUCUAAGCAAAAGAUAUGUCAAAGCACUGGCAGAAGAAAAUAAAAACUUAAUGAAUGGUGGUGGUGGAGCCUCUAUGGCUGGAUAUGCUGAUCUUAAAAGAACAAUUGCUGUUCUUCUGGAGGACAUCUUGCAACGCCUUGUGAAAUUGGAAAACAAAGUUGAUUACAUCGUUGUGAACGGCUCAGCAACAAAUACCACUAAUGGAACUAGCAAUCAGAUGCCAGUAACUUCAAAUAGACGUGCAAAACCAGCAAGCAACAUUAGAUAGCACACAGGGCCACUUUGUGUUGCUACAUCUAUGAUGGGUAAUCUUUAAGAUAAGCAUUUUAUCUCUGGCUAGGGCAAUGCAGUAGUUGACUCUAAAAGAAGCAUAAACUAUUCUAUUAUACAAUGUGCUGGCUUUAUAUAGGUCUAACUUACGUGCAUAGGUUCUCAAAGCAUUAUGUCAUCGCCUUUGAGCAAUACUUCCGAAGUGAUUGUUGUCUUUAAAGAUAUUUUGAUAUCACGGUUUGAUGUAGUAUGCCAUUGGAUAAUAACAAUAAAUGGAAAGCAAUGGGGAACGUAAAAGUAGGUUUCUAAAUAUAUUUAUUUAAGUAUAAAUAGAACAUAUCUUUUGGAUAGGUGAGCAGUAUUGUAGCUUAUUAAUGUUUUGUGGUCUGCAUUAAGCUGAGGUAACUGAGGAAAACACAUUGCUAAACAGAUGUUAGAAAAUGUGUAUACUUACAAUAUUUUGUUACUCAUUUACUAAAACAAUAUUAAAUUGAGGAUAGCAUUGGCAGUAAUAUUUAAAAAUUGUGACCCAAAGAAUGUCUUUAUUUGCACUAUUUGUCAGAAUAGCUAGAGAGAAUUUAGUGUAUAUUUAAGAAAAUUAAUUAUAAUAGGAAAGCACCCUAGGUAGUAACACUGUCUAGGUGUAUCUUUAUGCCAGAGUUAGGGCAGUUAGAGUAUCAAAAGUGAAUCGUAAUCUGUGAUACCUUAGAUGAUAAUUUCUUACAAAGAUAUUUAAGUGUAUGUAUUUUGUAAUUGCAGAUAAAAUUAUUUAAGUGAUGGAAAUAAGUUUUGGAUAUGUGAAUACUGUUUAUUUUUAUUCACUGCUGUUUCUCUUGAACCUUUUAGUACCUUGCAAUUCAUGAUGAGUAUAGCACACCAUCUCCCUAAAUUGCUUUUUUUCACUGGGAGUAAAAGCAAUGAAAGGAAACAAGGCAUCUAUACUUAGUACACCUCAUGUACUAAGGGUAUCUUAGCAUGGAGCACUUGAAAGCUAAGGUGAUGUUUGCCUUAUGUCUAAGCUAGCCUUACAGCGAAGUGAAGUACAGUGCAAAUGCUUUGUACUUCAAAAUGUUACUGAAGUCAUAUUCAAGAGAAAGUGCCACUGAGCCUGUUUUUUAAUAUGUACUGAAUGUUUUUUUUUGGGAGGGAGGGUAUGUUCAGGGAUUUCUGCCAAAAGUGUGCUCUGAGUGGGGUUUUUGGGGGUGGGUAAAAAAGGGGUGCUUCAGGUAUACCAUCUGAAGUUAAGUUUUUGGUUUGGGUUUUUCUUCAUUUCCCUGCUGACACUCUGGACUGUUAAAAAGGAAGGUACACUUACAACCUUAGUUAGAAACCAGGUGAUUUUUUUGCCCUGUUACAUUGUGUGUAAACGUGUACUCACUUCAAUGCAGAAAGAGAAAAAUAAAUUUUUAAUUGUA